GUUGCGCGCAGGUUCCAUCUUUCUCUCCUAGUUCACAUAUCGUCUCACGUACGCAACUUCGAAACGAAGUCAUACACUUUUUUGCACUUGUGUCUUAUAACAUAAAACAUCGAUCAUGGCUCCACCAUCAUAUAAUGAUUUAGGCAAAAGUGCUCGAGAUUUAUUUUCCAGUGGAUAUCAUUUUGGUCUAAUUAAAUUAGAUGUAAAAACAAAAACAAAAUCAGGUGUAGAAUUUUCUAGUGGUGGAGUAUCUAAUCAAGAUACUGGAAAAGUAUUUGGUUCUUUAGAAACUAAAUACAAUAUUGAUGAUUAUGGAUUAAAAUUUAGUGAAAAAUGGAAUACUGAUAAUACCCUUGCUACUGAUAUUACUUUUGCUGAUAAAUUGCUCAAAGGUCUUACUCUUGGUUAUGGCUGUACUUUUUCUCCACAAACUGGGACGAAAACUGGAAAAUUAAAGACAGCUUAUAAACAUGAUAAUGUGUCUGCAGCUGCUGAUUUUGAUCUUAGUCUUUCUACUGGUCCUUUGGUAAAUGCAUCAACUGUUGUAGGAUAUCAAGGUUGGCUAGCUGGUUAUCAGGCCUGUUUUGAUACACAAAGAAACAAACUUACAAAGAACAAUUUUGCACUUGGAUAUACUGCUUCAGACUUUACCCUUCAUGCAGCAGUGAAUAAUGGCUGUGACUUUAGUGGCCUCAUUUAUCAUAAAGUAAAACCAGAAUUAGAAGGUGCAAUUAAUUUGGAAUGGAAUUCAAGUAAUAAUGUAACACAAUUUGGAAUUGCUACAAAAUAUAAUCUUGAUAAUGAUGCAUCUAUUAGAGCUAAAGUUAAUUCUAAUCUUCAAGUUGGUUUGGGAUAUCAACAAAAAUUACGUGAUGGUGUAACUUUGACACUUUCUACAAAUAUUGAUGGAAAGAAUUUUGGAUCUGGUGGACAUAAGAUUGGUCUUGCAUUAGAUCUUCAAGCUUAAAUAUGAUUACAGACACGAAAGGACUUGAUUCACUUUAAGGAUCAUUUUAUGAUCUUUGUGUCAUAAAACAGUAUCACAUUACAUGCUUCAGAUAAAGUAUUGCCUAUAACAUAAAUAGGUUUAUCCCAAAAUAGAUGCCACAUAUAAUAUGUAUGAAAACGGUAUGGUAACAAUAUCUUAUCAUGAACAAUACGAUUUAUAAAUUCUUAAAUGAAA